AUGGAUGGAAGAAGGAUAACGGCCAGUCCGCGGCCGUGCUCUGGGCGGCGUGUGGUGGCGAAGAAGCGAACUCGUAGUGGGAUUGAUGGGUUCGUUAACAGCGUUAAGAAGCUCCAAAGGAGGGAGAUUUCGUCGAAGCGUGACCGAGCGUUCAGUAUGAGCGAUGCCCAAGAGCAAUUUCGGAACAUUCGGCUACAGGCCUGUUGGAUGGAAAGUGUUAGUGGUGUAGAGACUGUUACUGGUGUAUCUGGAACACAACCUGAGUUGGAAGCACCUGCUGUAGAGACUGUUACUCCUCAGUCUCAGCAGCCUUUGCCUCCACCUGUUCCAAAGAAAAGGAAAGAGGUUGAAUCCAGGGCUCCAUGUUGGGAUCACUUUGAAAAGAUCAAAGACAGUGAGGGCAUUGUCAUCAAAGGAAAAUGUAUAUAUUGUGCAAAAGUGUAUUGCUGUGGGAGCAAGAAACAUGGGACUUCUUCUCUCAGACUUCAUGUGGUAAACUGCCUUAAAAAUCCUCACUCUAAGGAGACAAGGCAGUCCCUACUCACAUUCCAACCUGCACCUUCUUCUGCUGGAACUCAAAGUAGUGAAGGAACUGAAGGGGUGUUGGGUACUUGGGUGUUUGAUCAAGACUUGAUAAGGAGAGCCUUAGCUGAGAUGAUUAUUUUAGAUGAACUUCCUUUUAGGAUUGUUGAGGGACAGGGUUUUAGAAAGUUUGUUUUAGUUUGCUGUCCUAGGUUUAAAAUCCCUUCAAGAUGGACUAUCAGUAGGGACAUUUUCAAGAUAUUUUCUGAUGAGAGGGUCAACUUGAAGAAGUUUUUUAGGACUAGCAGUCAGAGGGUAAGUAUCACAACUGAUACUUGGACCUCAGUCCAGAGAAUAAACUACAUGUGCAUAACUGCACAUUUCAUUGAUAGUGAGUGGAAGCUGCAAAAGAAGAUUAUUUCAUUUGUUCCUAUAUAUUCCCACAAGGGGGAAAGUAUUGCAAAGGCUUUAGAGAGUUGCUUUUUGGACUGGGGUCUAAAAUCAGUGUUUAGUGUGACAGUAGAUAAUGCUUCCAGCAAUGAUACUGCCCUAGGAUUCUUGAAGAAGAAGUUGGGCUCUUGGGGUUGUACUGCUGUUAGGUGUAAGUAUUUGCACAUGAGGUGCAUUGCUCACAUUCUUAACUUGGUGGUACAGGAUGGGUUGAAAGAAUGUGACAGUUCUGUUAAGAAAGUCAGGGAUGCUGUUAGGUAUGUGAGGAGCUCACCUGCUAGGUUGCAGAAGUUUAAAUCACUAGCUGAUCUAAUUGGGGUGGAAGCUAAGAAUUCUCUGUGUCUAGAUGUCCCUACAAGGUGGAAUUCCACAUAUAUGAUGCUUAAUACUGCAUUACUGUUUCAGAAGGUAUUUGAAGCCUAUGAUGAUCAUGACAGUUCAUUUAAAUCUGAUUUGGGAGGAAGUGUACCUGAUUUCUUAGAUUGGGAAUCCAUUCAAUCUUUGGUUAUGAUUCUAAAAUCUUUUUAUGAAAUGACUGUUAGGAUUUCUGGAUCAUUGUAUGUAACUUCUAAUACCUUCUUCUCUGAGAUUUCUGAUUUGUCUUGCUUGUUGAAAAAUAUGGAGGAAGCUACAGAAGAUAGUGUUAAACUGAUGGGUAAAAAUAUGAGGGCAAAAUUUGAUAAGUAUUGGGGUGAGCCUGAAAAAAUGAAUUUUUUGAUAUUCUAUGCAAAUAUCUUAAACCCCAUGGACAAAAUUGAGUAUAUGCCCAUUCAGUUUAACCAGUUAUAUGGUGAGGACAAGGGUAAAACAAUGUUUGAUAAGGUGAUUGUUGGCCUUAAGGAGUUGUUUGAAGAUUAUGUUGCAUGCUUCCCUGUCCAGUGUGUUGAACAAUCUGAAAAAUUUUCUCCCUCAAUAACAAUAUCUGAUUCAGUUUCUGUUGGGAGACCUCAAUCAUUACUGAAAUCUCAGAUUAAGAAGCAAAAAUUGCAACAAUCUGAAAGGUUCCCUGUCUUAUCUAAAAUGGCAAGGGAUAUUCUAGCUGUUCCAAUAUCAACUGUUGCUUCAGAAUCAGCAUUCAGUACAAGUGGAAGGGUACUUGAUGCCUUUAGGAGUUCCCUAACUCCUAGAAUUGUUGAGGCAUUGGUGUGUGCACAUGAUUGGCUAAGGUUAAGCAACCAACCAAUCUCAAUUGAAGAAAAUAUUGAAGAUGUUGAAAGGAUUGAGAAAGAGUUGUGCUGCACAUCCAGCACUGGAACUGGAAUGCCUACAAUUGUUGUAUUGUAUCAUGUAUGUGUAUCAAUGAUUCAAAUCAAUGUCCCUCGUGAGGCUGGGAAGUUGGAACUGGAAACUGGAAAGUGCUCAUGGCUAGGUAACAUUUUAAAUGUUGCUGCCAUUGAGCUCAGGAAGAAGAAUAGACAUAGAGUACUCUAUAUUAUAUUAAUCAUAUAUUCAUAUAUUGCUUUUGGAGUUUUGGAUAUCUGGCUUUCUUUUGCUCAAUGCCUGAAACAUGAAUGCUGA